AUGGAUCCUGCCGCGCCCAAUGGGCCUUUCAAAUGGGAAGCAGCUUCAGGUCUUGAACUUCUCGUCGAAUACAGAACCGCAGUUGCCGACCUAGAGCCCAGCAGAUCCAAAGCCAAGUCUCGACCGGGUCUUGGAGAACUUCCGAUCAACAUCCCUCGCGCACAAGCACUCCUGCCGGUGCAAGCCGCCAUCCACGACCGACAAGCGUUCGAGGCAGUGCCUGAAGAGGAAGAGGAAGGGGAAGAAGAGGAAGCUUACAACGCCCACGCCAAUGCCAAUGUCAACCACAACGAGUAUGCUAAUGAGUACGACAAUCACAAUGCACAUGAAGAACAUGACCACAAUCCUGACAACGACAACCAUGACAAUGAUGACGAAAACGACAACGACACAGAAGAUACCCAGACAGUCACAGACACGACAGCCAGCACGACCAGUGAAACGCCCAACCUGAGACGCACAGCCGCGAAACUCUCCAAAGCGGAGAUCCGAGCUCAAAAGAAGGCCGCCAAAGCAGCCAAGUCGCAGUCGAAAGCAUUCAAGAACCAAGCCAAACACGCCAUCAGCGUCCGCUCUGAAGAUGUGUCUGUCGUGGCCAAGAUCCUGCACGGCGACAAUGGCAACAACAACGGCGCCGCAACAACGACGAGUACCCACCCACUCGCCUCAGACAAGACCAUCGAAGAAGUGAUCCAGCGCAAUAUGGGGUUCAUGUCUCACAUGCAAGACCACAAGAGACAGUUGUUGCUGAGUAUCGCACAGCGCAGAAAGUCGGAUCGCGAAAGGCGCAAGUCGGCGGCAGUGGCGGCGGCAGCGGCAUCGGCUGCAGCGGCGACGAACAAUGGCGGCGGUGGCGCUCAUAAGAACAAUCACAAGAAACGACGAUUCAGUGCCGGUGUCGAUGGAGAUGACUUUGACGACAACGAAGAGGAAACAGAAUACCUCUUGGUUGCGGUGUUGACGAAACUCGGUGUCGAUCCGGCUCAUAUCAAGACUUCGGCCGGAGGUGGCGCUGGGGCUUUUACAGGCGGCAAUGGCGUUGCGAAAAGAGGCGGCGGUGGAGGUGGGACUAAAGCUUCUUCUUCUUCUGGCUCAGGAAACACUACCGCCAAUGUCACUGGUAUUGUCGCCACUCUCAAGACCUUGAUCAAGGAUGAUUUGGAGAGACAUGAGAAUGAGUUGAGAGAGACUUGUAUUCGUGCUGGUGGCUUUUGGCGGUUUGUUGGGAAGCCCGUGUUUGAUCGGAUGACCCGGAUUGCCAGGGAACUGGAUUGGAAGACUGGUGUCAAGAUACAUUGA